AUGAAUGAAUAUACAAUGCGAGCGCGAAUGAUCAUGAUGGAACAAACACUAUCGAAUACAAACACUAAUCUUGCGAUUGAUUCAAUCAUUGAUCACCGUAGUGAUGUUAGUGAUGCGAAUAGCGUAGAUUCAGCAUUUAGUAUUGAUCACAGCGGUGUCACAUCACCUGAACCAAUCGAACAUUCGUCGUCGACUGCGACAUUGCUUAAUGAAUUGCAGAAAGCGAAGGAAGAUCUGAAAAACAAGGAUGAAGAAAUUCAACGGGCCUAUGAAAUGCGACAGAAUACUGAUCGAGAAAUCGAAGACCUAACUGCGUCGUUAUUCGAGUCCGCACAUUCGAUGGUCGAACAAGCGAAACAUGCUCAAGCCAAUACUGAACAAAAGCUCAGAACUGCCAAUCAAACAAUCGAAGCACUAGUUGUUGAAAAUACUCAAUUGAAAAAGACAGUCAGUGAGUUGAAAGAAAUCAUCAAUAACUGUCGUUCAUCGUCGUCAUUUACCACACGUCCUAUUCCUACCACAUCUGUAUUAUCUUCAAUUGAACAACAACAAGCAUCGCAAUCAAGCAUCCGACAGAUCGUUCGAGAGAAACUUCAUAAACGUUCAUCAUCUGAUCUGCAACAAUCCUUCUCGUCGAUGGAUAUCUCCCUUCGAACAGACAACAAUGUCGAUGAUUGGCCUAUGCUGCGUUUAGCAUGCAUCGCUUCAGUUGAUAUAUUUCAUUUUAGUGAAGAUAUCUCUCCUUGUCUGACGUUUCCCAAUUCUGAUUUAUCAUCAAGGAUUCUCACAGCUAUUGAACAAAAUGACGUGACCAUGGAAACAUGUCAUAUGCGAACAAUUGAUGAAAAUAUGAAGAUCUGUUCAUUAACGGGUGAUCUGUGUCAAUGUAAUUACCGCGUUCGAUUAGGUGAAAAUGGUGAAUGGUAUCCAAUCUCGCGUUUAUCUCGAAAUCGAAUAGCAGCUGUAUGCGAUUUUUUUACCUUCAUCCGUCAUGUGCAAUCCGGACUUGUGAAAAGCGAUACUCGAAGUCGGUAUAAUAAAAUAAUUGAACUUCGAAAACAAAUGGCUUUCGCCCGUCUUGGAUUGUAA